AUGGAGAAAAUGGGUGAAGGACUAGCCAAGUUACGGACAGCGCGAGAAGCUCCAUCUGACUGCGUAUGCCCACCAGGUCCUCCAGGACGGCGGGGAAAGACUGGGAGACGAGGAGAACCUGGACCUGCAGGGCAGUCUGGACGAGACGGUUAUCCGGGGCCUCUUGGUCUGGAUGGCAAGCCUGGACCUCCAGGACCAAAAGGGGAAAAGGGUGAACCAGGAGACUUUGGCCCGAGGGGUGAUCAAGGUCGAGAUGGAGCUGCUGGCCCACCUGGUCCCCCCGGACCACCAGGUGCAAGAGGGCCCCCUGGCGAUACAGGAAAAGAUGGCCCCAGGGGACCACAAGGCCCUCCCGGCUUGAAAGGAGAGUCAGGAGAAGCCGGUGUGAUGGGUGCAAGGGGACCUCCAGGACUAAAAGGUGAACCUGGUAUUCCAGGGGAAAAGGGUGACAGUGGAGCUCGUGGAGAGCCUGGGCUUCAAGGACCUAAGGGGGAAAAAGGAAACGUGGGCGCCAUGGGGGAGAAUGGGCUAGAUGGAUCGCCAGGCUCAAAGGGUGAAUCUGGUGAGAGAGGAGGACUGGGACCCAUUGGACCAAGGGGUCCACCUGGUCUGAAGGGUGAACAGGGAGACACUGUCGUGAUUGACUAUGCUGGCAGAAUCCUAGAUGCAUUCAAAGGCCCACCUGGUCCCCCAGGGCCUCCUGGACCUCAAGGAGCACCAGGACCAAAGGGAGAGCUUGGAUUGCCUGGGCCACCUGGAGUUGAUGGAGAAAAAGGUCCUAAAGGAUCUAAAGGAGACACAGGAACCCCUGGGGCAAUGGGACAAAAAGGAGAAAUAGGAGAAAUGGGCCUCUCUGGUCCACCGGGAAUUGAUGGACCAAAAGGAGAAAAAGGAGAAACUGGAUCCCCAUGCUUGCAGAAUAAUCACAUCAUACCUGAGCCAGGACCUCCUGGAUUGCCGGGCCCUAUGGGUCCUCCAGGAAUCCAGGGGCCUAAGGGUUUAGAUGGCACAAAGGGAGAAAAGGGAGACAGUGGUGAGAAAGGAGCAAAUGGUGAUGUUGGGCCACCUGGUCCUCCCGGUUCUCCUGGACUUAUUGGUUUACCAGGUACCAAAGGAGAGAAGGGGAAGCCAGGAGAGCCAGGGUUAGAUGGUUUCCCAGGUCUAAGAGGAGAAAAAGGAGAAAAAAGUGAAAGGGGAGAGAAGGGAGAAAGAGGAAUACCAGGGAGAAAGGGAGCCAAGGGACAAAAAGGAGAGCCAGGCCCUCCUGGACUGGAUCAGCCGUGCCCAGUGGGACCAGACGGAUUGCCAGUACCAGGAUGCUGGCACAAGUGAUCGCUAAGCAUGAAGCAUAAAGUGUGUAAAUAAUAAUGUGAUAUAUUUUGUUCUUUUUUAAUUUUUUGUAAAAAAAACAAA